AGGUUGGAUAUAUUUUUUUUUGGGCUGCGUUCAUUCCCCCUGGAGGAGCUGCAGGGAAAAGUUGGCGGGGCACCCAUCUCUCCAUCCCCCUCCCUCUCCUCCUCCCUUCGGGACCAGCACAUCGACACCUUCCAGCCGGAUUCCUGGGUCAGAAACCACUUUCGCCUCGACGUUGACUGGAGCGGCUGCAAAUGGCAAGCUGCAGGGAGUCGCCACCCGGGAGUUCUUCAAGUGUAGACCUGAAGACAUCGCUGGAUGAAUGUAUGUCGGCUAUGGACUUGUUUCUUAAUAACCAAUUCAGUGAGAGUCUGGAGAUGCUGAAACCAAGGGUGAAGGACAGCAUGUACCAUGCGCUGAUCUAUGCCACCAUUUUGGAAAUGCAGGCAAUGAUGACCUUUGAACAUGAUGACAUCAUCAGUGCAGGACACACGAUGAAAGAAGCACAGGAGAUUUGCCAAAGGUUCCGGAAGAAGUCGACUGUCGUUGGUUCGCUCUCGAGUCUUGUGAACAAACCGGCUGGUGACCACUUCACAGAAGAGGAGGUCCAUGCAGAGGUUUGCUAUGCAGAGUGUUUACUGCAACGCGCAGCUCUGACCUUCUUACAGGAUGAGAACAUGGUCAGCUUUAUCAAGGGUGGAAUUAAAGUCAGAAGCAGCUUCAUGAUUUACAAGGAGCUCCACAAUUUUCUGCAGUCAAACCUCUUCAUCAAAGGACCGAACCACUCGCAUUUAGAAGGAGGGGUUUCCUUAGGAAUUGGAGCAUUCAACUUGACGCUGUCACUGUUCCCCACACGGAUCCUAAAAUUGUUGGAGUUUGCCGGCUUCUCUGGUGACAAGGAAUAUGGUCUGUCCCAGUUACAUGAUGGAGUGCUGGUGCCCAACCUUCGAGAGAUUCUCUGUGUCAUGCUGCUGCUGUGUUACUACACCUUCCUCACCUUCAUACUUGGUACAGGAGAGGAGGAGGUCACGGAUGCAGUGGUUCUCCUUCAGCCCUACCUCAUUCGCUAUCCCAAGGGAGCAAUAUUCUUAUUCUUUUCGGGAAGAAUUGAAGAAAUCAAAGGGAACCUUGAUGAGGCAAUCAGAAGGUUCGAGGAAGGCUGUGCUGCACAACAGGCUUGGAAGCAGUUCCAUCACAUGUGCUACUGGGAGCUGAUGUGGUGCUUCACCUACAAGCGGCUGUGGAAGGUGGCUUAUUUCUACGCUGACCUCCUCAGCAAAGAGAAUCGCUGGAGUAAGGCUAUGUACGUCUACAUGAAGGCAGCUUACCUGAGUAUGCUACCUGCACACGAAGCAAAGCCCUUCGGGGACGAUGAGGUCGAACUCUUCAGACAAGUCCCUCUGCUAAAGCAGAAGAUAGCUGGGAAGUCUCCUCCCACAGAGAAGUUCGCUAUUCGAAAAGCCAGAAGAUAUAAAUCCAACAACACUGUGAAGCUACCUGUGCCAGCCCUGGAGAUGAUGUACAUGUGGAACGGAUUUACAGUCAUCGGUAAACAGCGGGAUCUUACAGAGGAGAUGCUGAGAACGAUCAGCGAGGCGGAGACUGUGCUAGAACAGGCAGCACCUAAUGACUACCUGACGGAUGACAGGUGUGUGGUGAAACUCUUGAAAGGCUUAUGCUUGAGGCAUUUGGGAAACGUUCUGGAAGCUGAGCAGUGUUUUGUCUACAUAUACCACAAUGAGAAGAACAUUAAGUUUGACCACUACUUGAUUCCAAAUGCACUUCUGGAGCUCAGUCUGUUAUAUAUACAACAGGCGAGGAAAGAGGAAGCUAUUAAAUGGCUGAGGCGAGCAAAGCAAAACUACAAGGACUAUUCCAUGGAAUCUCGGACGCUCUUCCGAAUACAUGCUGCUCUUUCCAAACUGAAGGCAGAGAAAGAUGAGAAUGGGUUUGAAGUGACUGCCCUCUAGAGGUGAACCCAACCCAAUGCAAAAUGGAGGACUGAGUCAACAUUAAAAAUGGGUCAAUGUAGGAAGGGGGUAAAAUCAAAAGGCCAGGAAAUACCUGGGAGUUGAAUUUUAAUGCUGUGGGACAUUUAUGAGCUGGGGGAGCUGGUCUGCCCACACUGAAUCUCAGACACAUAUGGCUCACAAACAUUGUCCUGCAUUUUGAUUUGAGGGCAGGAGGUGAAAAGAGUUGCCGUGGUGACACGUCAAGAUGCCGUAUUUCAAUACCAAUGCAGCGCACCCCUCUCCGUCGUUCUUCUGACAUUUUUUGGGGCUUGGGGUCUUACACAAAAACGUCACAGGUUGCUUUUAUCAACCUGAGAACAUCACACAUACUGAGUGAGAAAUGCCUUUUUAUUAAUGUCGAGGCAACAAGCUGAGAAAAGGAUUCUCAGAAGACAUUACAGAAAGGACUGUGUACUUUUCGAUUUUCUUACUGUUCGCUAUUUUGCCACGAUUAAACCAGGUUUUAUUUUUGGAAGCCCCAGGGUUUAGAGGUUACCUUGUUAGUAUGACUACAUUAAUUUAAAAUAAGAAUGUGUUUUGUAAAACAAAAAAGUGGCUUCCUGAGCUAGGUUCUUCCUCAAAGUACUGUAUUGGGAGAUAGAGAUAAUAAGGAAACUUUCCCUCGCAAAAAAAUGAUUGCGCAUUUAACAUUUUACUGAUGUUUACACUUUCGACUGAAAUAAGGGCAAGCAUUGAAAUGCAUUGAUAUGGCUUCACUCUUUUUUUAAAAUUGUGCAAUGAUCAACUUCCCUUCAGUUUUAUAAAUAGAAUUAGAUGAUUCAGCUCUGGUUGGCGAAUGGGAUCAGAUGUGAAUACUUCGGAUAGGUGAUUUGCUGUUUAUUCUGGAGUGUGAAACGAUUUUCAGGAAAGUUUUGAUAUCCUGUAUUUAAAUGACAUUGAGUGAUUCAGUGACUAGUGCCUGACAACUCAACUGCUGAGUUUAAUGCCUUGUCUUUGGGUGGUGUAAUUAAGAACAUAAAUUCUGUUGAAGUGAUCAGAGACUUGGAUGAUGAGUGAAGUAUCCCCACAAACAAUUGUUUUGCUGCCCCUACCUCUUCCAAAUCUGUUGCUCCCAUUACCAGCAUGCAGUGUUACUAUCAGUAGCAUGGUCUUGCAGAACUUCAGUCUUGUUGAACAGAAAGACGUGUUUCCAAAAUUGCUCAUCUCGUACACAUCGGGACAAACUCAAGAAUGCCACACUUCACACCAGGCCAGGUAUGUAGGCUGUACAUCCUAGAAAAUAGCUUAUCAGAACAAACAGCACACUCUUUAUGUUGAUCGUAAUGGGCCAAGUGCAGAUUACACCUCACCAGACUGUGCUUGCCAAGCCCAAAGAAAUCAUCAGCUGUUCAAAUGUGAUUUCAUGAUUGGACAGUGCAUGCUGAUUAAUCCCAAGUAUGCUAUUAAUUUCAAUUCAGAACCAACCUAAGAUAAUCACUAAGCUUGUAAUGUGGCUCAUUAGUGUUUGCCAGGUGUGACGUACAUUCAGACACAGGGACUCUGUCUCUGUAAACAUGUUCACACCUUGGGCCUUUUUCAAAUUAUCUAUGGUUUAAAUCUGGUGCUGUGGCUUCACUCUAUUUUCAAAUUGCGGAUUGAUCAAUUCCCUUAGUUUUAUCAACAGGACUUGAUGAUUUGGUUCUACCGGGUGAAUAGGACUGGACACAAGACUUACUGUUUAACACAACACAAAAAUUCAUUACAACUAUUUUUGUCUAUUGUCCCCUAUUGAUUCUCCAUGACAACAUCUUGGCUAAUCACAAGUAUACUUGCCAACCAAUCAUUUCUCUUGUAAUAUAAAUUGUUUAGUUGUUGGAAAUUUCUCUACCCAGCAGCAUCACCAACACUGGUUUUGCUCCAUCAUCUGGCACAAGGUCAUUCUUAGUUUGAAAGCAUUGGUGGGCUGUCUGAUUGUGGAGAGAAUCACAAGGAACCUUAAUCCUGUUCUUAUCUGAUAUCAACACAGGGUACGGAGGAAUAUGGCCAUGGGUGAAAACACGAGCUGAUUGUCCCCUUUGUUCAGUGAUGUGAAGGCCAAUUGUCACACGUGACCGUAACCAACAGCUCUACAAGGCUCUAGUAGAUAAUUGCAAUGUCCAAUUGGGACAUUAGCCUCACUGUCUAAUUCCUGGCACUACGAUGGCAAAUCAGUUUACCGUCAUGUAUUAGCAGCCAAUGCAGUGAGCUAAUUUGAAGACUGACCCAAAAGGAAACUGUCAGCCAAUGGCUCAGUUUUCUGUCAUGAAUGAGCAACUUUGGAAAUAUCUUACUUCGCCAUUGGUAAUGUGACCACCCAAUCACCCAGAAGGUACCUGUGGUUAGCACUGCUGCCUCACAGCGCCAGAGACCUGGGUUCAAUUCCCGCCUCAGGCGACUGACUGUGUGGAGUUUGCAUGUUCUCCCCGUGUCUGCAUGGGUUUCCUCUGUGUGCUCCGGUUUCCUCCCACAGUCCAAAGAUGUGUGGGUCAGGUGAAUUGGCUAUGCUAAAUGGCCCGUAGUGUUAGGUAAGGGGUAAAUGUAGGGGUAUGGGUCUGGGUGGGUUGCGCUUCAGCAGGUCGGUGUGGACUUGUUGGGCCGAAGGGCCUGUUUCCACACUGUAAGUAAUCUAAUCUAAUCUACCUGAUGCUGUUUGACCCAUUGUUGUUCAUCCAGAAGAUUCUGUCCCUCCCCCUUUAUCCCUCACUCUUCCAACUGGCUAAAAUUUCUCUUCAAUAGUUUCUACCUCCAUCUCAUUCACAAGUCCAUACCACAGGCUGACUCCUUGUUCCCAAUAACUUGUGCUUCUUAGACUAGAAUGGAGUGGAAGCUACAUGACAAUUGUUUAAAACUUCUGGAGCACUUUGGUGUAACUGCCCAUAAAUAACACAGAAUGGACGUGUUAGUCUGGGGAAUGGUACCAAGGUUGAAUAGUUAAAUUGAGCACAGGUAAGCAUACACUGGAAUUCAUAAAACUAAAGUAUGAUGUGAUUAAGGUUUUUAAUUUUAUUUAAUACAGAGUAGUCAGGAUAUGGAUGUACUACCUGGAAGUGUGACUGUAUAAGGUACAAUUGAGCUGAAAAUAUGUUGCUGAAAAAGCGCAG